AUGGCCUUCGGAUAUAAGAUAUCUGCUGAUCCCUCAGGCGAAUCUGUUGAUCACAAGACUUAUAGAGGUACUAUUGGCUCUUUGAUGUACCUCACCGCAAGCCGACCAGAUAUAGUCUUUGCAAUGGGUGUAUGCGCAAGGUACCAGGAUGAUCCAAAAAUGUCACACAUGACAGCAGCCAAGCAAAUUCUAUGGUACUUAAAGGGUAGCAAAACUCCUGGAUUAUGGUACCCCACAGGAAACGAUUUCAGUCUUCAAGCAUUCACAAAUGCGGAUCAUGUCGGAUGUAAACUUGAUCGCAAAAGCACCUUAGGUGGAUGUCAAUUUUUGGGUGGAAGACUCGUCAGCUGUUCUUCUACCGUAGUCAUCCAUCUGUCAGCAGAAGAUGCAUCUGCAAUGAAGUUUCAAUCCACAGUCACUUUCUCAAUCUGCAGUCAUCUUAAUUGA